UGUCUUUCUCUGUUUUACUUCGAUGGUGUCUUACGUAAGGUAUCGUUUUGAUUCAAGGCAUUUAAAUCUACAUUUUCUCCAAGUGUGUAGCGUUUCAGCCGCGGCUAACGCCGUAUUAGCCACCUAUUUCAGGCUUCCCUAGGGAGUUCAAGUCCAGUUGGCUCUUUAUCGUCAGAGGACCAUGACUUUGACCCCACGGCAGAAAUGUUAGUUCAUGAGUAUGAUGACGAGAGGACUCUGGAGGAGGAAGAGUCUCUGGAGGGAGGGAGGAAUUUCCGCUCUGAAAUUGCAGACCUGGAAAAGGAGGGAAACAUGCCUUUGGAAGAAUUACUGGCCAUUUAUCGCUAUGAGGCCUCGGCAGGCUCCAGUAUAGACAGCUCCUCUGGUGACCUGACUGAUGAGUUGCCUGACAUGACGUUGGACAAGGAGGAAAUAGCUAAAGACCUGCUGUCUGGGGACUACGAGGAGGAAACCCAGUCCUCAGCUGAUGAUCUAACUCCUUCAGUCACCUCUCACGAGGCUACUGAUUUCUUCCCAAGAACACUUCGAUCCAAUGCUAUCUCUGACGGUGAUAAAGAGUCAGAGUGUGAUGAAGAUGGCCCAAGCCCAGAGGACUCUAGAAAGGAAAUAAUGGUGGGAACACAGUACCAAGCAGAGGUUCCGUCUUGCCUCUGUCACUACAAAGAUGGAGAAAAAGUUUACGAAGAUGAAGACGAGUUAUUAUGGAGCCCAGGUACAUUGCCAGAAAACAAGGUUAGGAGUUUCCUGUCUGAAGUGUUGUCACGGACAACAGAUGAAAAGACAGGGUGUGACAAACCAGGGAUGCAUGUUCGAGACAACGAGCAGGCUUUACGCGAGCUUGUCAAGUGCAACUACAACACCCGUGAAGCACUAGAAAGAUACUGCAGCCGGGUAAAGUCUUCAAAAGAAAAAUCACCUCCGUGGUCAGAAGAGGAGUGCAAGAACUUUGAACACGCACUACAGAUGUAUGACAAGAAUUUUCACCUCAUACAGAAACAUAAAGUUACAACACGAACAGUAGCAGAGUGUGUGGCGUUUUACUACAUGUGGAAGAAAUCGGAGCGCUUUGACUUCUUCGUGCAGCAGAAUCGAUUCGGGAAGAAGAAGUACAGCAGCUAUCCUGGUGUAACUGACUUGAUGGACCGGCUGGUGGAUGAAGCAGAGGGACUGGCAGUGGACAGUUCCUCCUCUGUGUGUUCAGGAGCAGGUGGAGGAGGAAGGCUGGAGACCACCACAGACCAACAGCUCAGCCUGCUCAACUCAAUCACUGCCAGCGACCUCACAGCUUUGAGUAACAGUGUAGCCACGGUGUGCAGCCCUGCAGAGGUUAGUUGUCUGGACUCCUACAGCUUUCCUCCACUGGAAAGUCUCCACCGCGGAUCCCUGAACCACGACGAAUCCCUCGGUUUCCCAUCUAACGGUGCAGACCCCGACUGCCUCAACAUGCUCGACGCCGGCUUCUACCACUCCGAGCUGGGCCAGCUAGGAGGAGUGUGCGUCAACAAGGACUGCGAGCGGCCCUCCAAGAGACUCAAGAUGGCUCUGCCUGACUCCUUUAUCAGUGACGUGUCUGUGGGCAACCUUGGAGUGGACUUCGAAGCGCGACGGACAGCGGCGCACCACCACCGAAUCACCGGUGCCAAAAUGGCAGUGUCCGUCACAGACUUUGGGAGCUUGGCUGGCAGCGGCGAGCCCAACGGGUUUCUGGGAGCACAUGCACGACACCACACACAGCACACAGCAGCACUUCAGUCAGAGUGAUCUUCCUCAUGUUCUUCCCUUUUGAAACCCCUUAUACCGCUUGUACAUAAGACUGACCUCACUGGAGAAUUCGAUUUGUUUAAAUUCUAUUAUAUAUAUAUAUAUAUAUAUAUAUAUACAUAUCUAUAUAUAUGUAUAUGAAUAUACUUUUUUGUUUUCAUUUGUGUAAUAUGACAUCAGUGAUGUCUUCAUAUAGAACUAAAUCUUGAUUUCUCUCAAGAGUUUAUAUAGCCAUUUAUUUUAUUUUUGUUUUGCGGUCUUGAGAUGUGUAACGUCCAUGUACAGUGGGGCCCAGAGGCUGCAGUGGAAGAGUUGUGUAUCUUCAUCCCUC